UACACAGUCAUCUCCCACAGUUCAGUUUCACGCAAAUCAACACCUCAGUAACAACUCUUUUGUUUUGUUUCCUAAAUCAAUUCGUUUUUCCAUAGUUAAUUUAGCAUUCGUGUUGACGGUCCAGAGUCCGCGAAUAUAAGAGAAAUCGACCAAUUGCUUGAUUUUUUUAAAUUCAAACACGAAAAUCAACUGUGAAAGCUGUGUUCCAAUUACCAAAGUAUAUAAGUAGGGUGUUGGCUACUUGACCAUAAAAACAAAUCCAUAUCAAUAAUUUGCACGGCAUUUGGAAUCGCAUCGAUUUGUUUUCUCUCGAUUGAAAAUCUCGUGGAAACAUGAUUGAAAAGUUUAAUUUCAACGGAAAUGUCAGUCCAAUUACAUGCCAUGCAUGGAAUAAGGAUCGAAGCCAAAUUGCCAUUUCGCCAAACAAUAAUGAGGUGCAUAUUUACAAGCGAGAUGGAUCUGAUUGGAAAUUGCUUGAUGUGCUGCGACAACAUGAUUUACGUGUGAUGGGAAUCGAUUGGGCACCAAACACCAAUCGUAUUGUAACGUGCGGUAUUGAUCGAAACGCCUACGUUUGGACGCAAAAUGAGCAGGGAAAAUUUAAACCGACUUUGGUGCUAUUACGUAUAAAUCGUGGUGCAACUUGCGUGAAAUGGUCACCGCAAGAAAAUAAAAUUGCCGUCGGCUCUGGCGCCCGACUCAUUUCGAUUUGCUAUUUCGAGUCGGAGAACGACUGGUGGGUAUCGAAGCACAUCAAAAAGCCGAUCCGGUCGACAAUAACGUCAUUGGACUGGCAUCCAAACAAUGUACUGAUUGUGGCUGGUUCAACGGAUUACAAGGCACGCGUCUUUUCGGCCUACAUUAAAGAUAUCGAAAGUCAACCGUCGCCGACGCCAUGGGGAAAUAGAAUGCCGUUGGGCCAAUUGAUGGCCGAAUUCAAGAAUAGCAACCAAGGCGGUGGAUGGGUGCACAGUGUCAGUUUCUCCAGUGAUGGCAACAAAAUCUGCUGGGUGGGACAUGAUAGUGCCAUCAACAUUGGUGAUGCAGCAAACGGAACGUCCGUUGUCAAGUUAAAAACGGAAUUCUUACCAUUUUUGGACUGUCAUUGGGUUUCGCCGACUGAUGUCGUUGUUGCAGGCCACAGUUGCAUUCCAAUCAUCUAUUCGGUGGAUCAAAACAAUAAGAUUAUGUUGAAGGGUAAAUUGGAUCAGGCUCAAAAGAAGGAAUCGACCGGUGUAUCGGCCAUGAAAAUCUUUCAGUCGCUGGAUCGUAAUUUGCGUACCGAAAACGAUGAUGCCAAUUUGAAUUCGAUUCAUCAAAAUGCAAUCGCAUGCAUUGCAAUCUACGAAGGUGAUAAACGGUCGGGCGUUCGCAAAAUCAGCACUUCUGGAUUGGAUGGUCAAGUCGUGAUAUGGUCCGAUUUCAAUGCAAAUUAAAGCGUCAAAGCAAAAAAGCUUUAGUUUACGUUUUCGUUAACAAUUUUAUUUGUUCUGUUCAUUUGCAUAAUUUUUUUUUCUUCUGAAAUUUGAUCUAUUUUUUUUUUAUUGCCAAUAUAAUUCGUUUUGUUUUCACCCUUUGCUUCUUCAUACAUUUUUUCUCUUUAGUUCAUUGCGUUAGCAAACAUGUUUAAGCACACAUAUAUGUAUGAAAUGCUUUGAAAAAAAAAUUAUUUGUUAGAUAAAAAAAAUUAUUAUAAUUAGCUCAUUUAUAAGACAUAAUGAAAAUGAUUUAUAAAUAAAAAGAAUAAAAAUCAGCCCGUUCCUUUGCCGACACAUCAA